AUGACGCGACCCGCGACGACGAUCGCGCAGCUGAUGCUCAUCCGCGCGUGCCACAGCGAUGCGCUCCGCCGCCACAGCCUCGGCACCGCGCUCGGCUUGCGCACGCGGCGCGGAAGGCUGACGGGCGUCCCCGCUAUAGUGGUCUUCGUUCCAAGAAAGGUGCACGAGGCGUGGCUGCUGCCGGCGCAGAAGCUUCCGAGGAAGCUGCAGGGGCCGGGUGGGUACGAGUGUGACGUGGACGUGGUAGAGUUGACCAAUCAGAGCAGUGGCAGUAGCAGCAGCUCAGGCUGUGCAGGCCACGUGGCGGGCCACGUGGCGGGUGACGUGGCAGGCGCGGUGGGAGUGGCGGCAGAGGUAGCUAUUAUUGAUAACCCGCUGGUGGAGCAGCUGAGGGGGAGUGGCAGCAAGUUCGGGCCGGGGUCGCAGAUUGCAAGCGAGGAGGUGUAUGGAACGCUGGGAGCGAUUGUAAAAAAAACCAGCAGGAGCAACAGCAGCAGCGGCGGCAGCGGUAGCGGCGGCAGCAACAGUCGUGGCGGGAUGACUGGUGGGACAAGCAGUGCUGGUGGGAUGAGCGGCAGUCAUGGUGGGAGCAGUGGUUGUCUGGGGGUGGGGUUUCUGGCGACUCGCCACGUGGCAGUUGAUUUGGAUCAGCCGAAGCAGAAGUUGUUUCACCCCCUGCCCACGUCGCUUGGUCCUGGGAGGUUCUUAGGCUCGGUGGAACGAGCCUUGCCGUUUGCCUCGGACCACGCGUGGUUCGGCGUGUUCGCCAACAUGAACCCAGACUCGUUUGUGCGCACGGACGGCGCAUACAUUCCCUUCCACGAGGAGUUUGACUUAUCAGUCGUGACGACGCAAGUGGCGGGAAUCGGCCCUAUCGGUCCCCCCCGCCACAUCAGCCUAUCAGACGACAUCCGUAGUGUGGUGGGGCAGCAUGUGUGGAAGGUGCGUGGAAGACGCUCUACACCACCCACGUUCUCCCUCCUCUCUCUCCUAUCCCCUCCUCCCUCUCCUUUCCCUCCUCGCCUCUCUCCUCUCUCCUUCCUCCCGUCUCCUCUCCUCUCUUAUCCUCUUCUUUCUCUCCUCUCUUAUCCUCUUCUUUCCCUCCUCUCUUUUCCUCUUCUUUCUCUCCUCUCCUCUCCUCUCUUCUCCUCUUCUCACCCUUCUCUCUCCUCUCAUGCGGCCAGCGUCUCAGGCGCAGUGCAUCAUGAUGAUGAUAGCCGCCCUCUUUUCCCACUCCUCUGCCUCCUUUCUCCUCUUUCCUCCUAUCAGGUGGGCAGCGCCUCAGGGCUGACUCACGGCACCAUAGCAGCAUAUGCAGUGGAGCACAGCGAGGGGGACGGCAUGUCUCUCUUCACGGACCUCCUCAUCGUGAGUCAACACGGCCAGGCGUUUGACUGUGAAGGGGACUCGGGCGCGCUCGUGCUCGUGCUGCCCACAGUUGCCCUUUCACCAGCCACUCACUGCUGUGGUUGCACGUGGCCAUCUCACUGCAGUCUCACUGCUGUGGUUGCACGUGGCCAUCUCACUGCAGUCUCACUGCUGUGGUUGCACGUGGCCAUCUCACUGCAGUCUCACUGCUGUGGUUGCACGUGGCCAUCUCACUGCAGUCUCACUGCUGUGGUUGCACGUGGCCAUCUCACUGCAGUCUCACUGCUGUGGUUGCACGUGGCCAUCUCACUGCAGUCUCACUGCUGUGGUUGCACGUGGCCAUCUCACUGCAGUCUCACUGCUGUGGUUGCACGUGGCCAUCUGACUGCAGACUCACUGCUGUGGUUGCACGCAGAGUUGAAGACACCCGCCGAUGCUUCUCCUCACAUCCUUUUCAUGUCCUGCCUUGGCAUUCUCAGGCAUAUUCCCAGAAAGAAGGCCUGGGUGCGCCACAGCCAGAGUGUGAAACAGCAGGUUGUCUUCCCCGUUACCCCACUGCCGGUGAUGGCUGCACCACACUCUCCCCAUGACACAAUUCUGAAAGAGGCUGCCGUCUACCUGGCAGACUAG